UCCAAGCACUGCACUAAACAGUGAACACAUGCAUGGAGGAGCAGUGCCGAAGAUGGAAUUGUACACACAAGUACUCUUCGCUGUUCUGUGAGCUGAGAUGAAGACAGACUCAGAUAUCUGUUAAUUAGGAGGACCUUUAAAGGACAAUGAUUAGAUUCAGUGUGAAUAUCUGGAUUUUAUGGUUGCUUUAUGCAGGUACUUUCUCGGAUGAGGACGUUAAUGGAUGUGAACAGCAGCCAUGCCAAAAUGGUGGCAUAUGUGAAAGCCAAAAUGGUGGUUUCAGAUGCCUUUGCUCUGAACAGAGCCAAAAUGGGCGCCUGUAUGGUGGGGAAACCUGCACGGUGGCACUUUUGGGCUGUGAUGACAACCAGUGUGAGAAUGGAGGAAUAUGCUCACCCCUGCUUGUAAAUGCUCAGCACACUUACAGGUGCAUCUGCCUUCCUGGCUUCACAGGCCCAAAAUGUCAGAUCUCCACCGUUUUCUCAUUUGAGACCAGUGGUUAUAUGUACAUAGAGACCCAGCUUCUGGACCCAGAGGCACCGCUGAAUGUUACGUUCAGUUUCAGGACAGGGUCGGCAGUUGGCACCCUGUGUCAGCGCAGAGUGGAUGACCUGCUCCUCAGCGUCGAACUGAUGGACGGGCACCUCCGCCUGCGCAGCCUCACAGGCCAGGGGUCUCUCACACUGGUCCAGGAGCUGCCAGAAGACAUGUCCAACAACAAGUGGCACACAGUGGAAGCAUCCCUGGGUGGCGUGGUCAGCCUCAUCAGGCUGCUCUGCACUGAAGGAGACUGCAACAGGGACACUGGCACAGAGAUCCAGUUGCUUGAGCAAGCCUCUGAUCUCCCCGAGCCAGGGUCAGUCCGCCAGAGUCUGUUCAUAGGAGCAGUGAGGGGGGAGAGCUUGGGUUUGGGCAAAGAAGUGGAUGAUGCAGACUACCCCACUGCUUUUCUUGGGUGCUUUCGGGAUGUGUUUGUGGACUCACAUCUGGUGGUGCCCGUGGCGAGGCCAGCAGAGUCAGAUGCCCAGGCAAACAUCACUGUGGGAUGCAGCAACAAAGACAAGUGUGAUGACAACCCAUGUCAGAACCGGGGCCGCUGCGUGAGCCAAGGCUGGAGGAGCUACAUGUGUGAGUGCCAUAGACCAUAUGAGGGAGCCGACUGUGCAGAGGAGUACAUCACCGCCAGGUUUGGAAACAAAGGCUUGGAGAGUUAUGCUGUCUUCUCAUUAGAUGAUCAUCCAGGGGACACUGUGGUUGUGUCCAUGUUCAUCCGCACAAGACAGUCCAGCGGCCUGCUCCUCGUCCUGGCCAACAGCACCGGCCAGUACCUUCGCCUUUGGCUGGAGGGGGGCAGGGUCAAAGUUCAGGUCAACAACUUUGAGACCCUGGUUGGUCGUGGUUUGGUUAACGAUGGUCAUUUUCAUCUGGUGACUGUCAAGAUGGAAGGUGGGGCUACCACCUUGUUCCAGUCGGCCCAGAACCAGGGCUCCAUCCGCAUUAGGCAUGUCCAAGCCCAUCCUGGGGACCUCGUCUAUGUCGGGGGGCUGCCAAACCCGAGGGCCUCCGCCUCAUUUGGUGGCUACUUCAAGGGAUGUGUGCAGGACCUGAGGAUCAACAGCAAGCGGCUGCAGUUCUACCCCAUACCGACCUCAGUGGCAUCCUACAGCCUGGACAGCCUCAUCAACAUCACACAAGGAUGCAGCAGUGACAACGCCUGCACUGUGAACCCAUGCCUCAAUGGAGGAGUGUGUUACUCCAUGUGGGACGACUUCAUCUGUAACUGCCCCCCCAACACCGCCGGGCAGCGCUGUGAGGAGGUGAAAUGGUGUGAGCUGUCUCCCUGCCCCUCCACCGCAGUCUGCCAGCCACGCUCUCAGGGUUUUGAGUGUUUGUCUAAUGUGACUCUUGGGAGUGAUAGCAGCAUUUUGUCCUACCGUGGCAAUGGGAAGAUCAAGCGCAGCCUCAGCAGUGUCUUCCUCAGCCUCCGGACCAGACAGCCUGAUGCCAUGCUACUGCACGGACAGAAGGCCUCUGACUACCUCACCAUCUCCCUCCAGGACUCCCAUCUGCUCAUGGAGGUCAAGGCCGAGGAUUCCCCAAAGCUGACCAUCCAAACUCCAGGCCCGAUCUGUGAUGGGGAGUGGCACACAAUUGAACUGAGUAUGAAGAACCAGAACCUCCAGCGGUCCAGGUGGAUCAUGGUUCUGGAUGGAGGCAAAGAGGGUUUCCACAUGUCAGACGUCACUGCUGGGAAUCUGGAUUUUCUUAAGGAGGAAGUAGAUAUCGUCUUGGGUGGACUGGGGCUUGACGCUGGAGGGAACUUGAUCGGGUGUCUUGGCCCUGUGGAGAUCGGAGGGCUCCUUCUUCCUUUCCACGGGGACACAGAGCUGAACCUCCCCAGACCCCAGGAGGAGCAAUUUGUGAGGAUAAACGACAACGUCGCUCCACGAUAUGGCUGCUGGGGGGCCAGCGUGUGCACACCCAACCCCUGUCAGAACCGGGGUGUGUGUGAGGACCUGUUUGACCUGUAUCACUGCACGUGUCCCUCCAGGUGGGCCGGGCCGCGGUGCCAAGACCCAGCGGACACCUGUGCCUCCAGCCCCUGUGUCCAUGGCAACUGCAACAUCAUACCUGGAGGAUACAAGUGUGCAUGCGAGGCGGGGUACACUGGCGCCCGCUGCGAGGUGGAGGUGGAUAUGUGUGCAGGCAGCAAUUGCAGCAAGGGCUCUACAUGCCUCAGAGGCAUUCAGAGCUACGCAUGCCUCUGCCCUCAGAACUUGACGGGCCAGUAUUGCGAUGUGAAAAUUCCUGAAAUCCCGUGGUACAUUGAGACACUUCCAUUUCCUACACUGCCUGUAUCUCUGUGCCGGGGAACAAGAUGGAACUACAGCUGCUUCAAUGGAGGAAGCUGCUCUGACGUGGACAACACCUGUCACUGCCUGCCUGGCUUUGCAGGACAGUGGUGUGAGAGGGAUGUGGACGAAUGUGCCUCCGAGCCCUGUAUGAACGGGGGCUUCUGUAUCAACUACAUAAACAGCUUUGAGUGUAUGUGCGAUUUAAAUUACUCAGGCAAACACUGCCAAAUAGACAUCAGCGACUUCUACUUGUACCUCUUCUUGGGCCUGUGGCAGAACCUGUUCCAGCUGGUGUCCUACCUCGUCAUACGCCUCGACGAUGGCCCAGAAAUUGAGUGGGGAUUCCACAUCGAUGAUUAGCCUCAUGAUCGUGGGCUGCAAAGAUAAAAGUGGACUGUUGGCGUAACAGGAGGCCAGAGGCAGCUUAAAGCAACUUGAGGUGACUUUAAAUGUUGGUGGUUCCAAAUGGGAGUGAGCGGUAACUGCUUGAAUAAUUUAAACAUCAAUACCCAUAAAUCAUACAACAUGAUUUCAGUAAACUGCACACAGCACAUUCAUGUUCACAAGCCUGACAAUGACUUUACAGUACAGGGAUGAAACAAUUUGUCACUUCUGGUGAACCCAUAAGUCUACAUACUCAACAUCCAAAUUUUAUAUGGGUGAAUCUCCAGGGUCUCAAUUGAUGGGGGUAGGACACUCUUUUCUGUUGCAGCCCCACUUUAUGGUUUAGGAUGAUAAGACAAUCGUAUUUUUACAUUAAAAUCUUGACCAGUGCAACUUAAAUUGGAUCAUCAUCUCAACUACAAAGACAAUGGUGACUUGCUCAGCAACCCAGGGUCUGUUGUGCAUUCAUCCACUGCCCCUCGCUAGUAUAAAAGAAAUGAAAUACUAUCAUUAAAUGUUUUAGUUAAGUGACACCCAUGAAAAUAUGCCUACCAACCCCGGUUUUGUGGAGUGCUGAAAAGGACCGUAACUAUCUCUGGAACUAUUAAGAUUGAUCAUACAAUGAUUUUGCGUGUCCAAAACAACAGAGAUGGAAGAAACUUUAAUGCAGUAAAAAUGUAUUAGAUGCGAUAAAUGUGAUUUUGUGUUAAACUACAAUUAGUGUACUGACAUGGUCAGAAAUAGAAACCUAACCUUGUCUGUUGUGAACAGAAUUACCUAACUAACAUCACAUGUUGCACAAUGUUACUAACCCAGUAUAUCAAUGUUAUCUGGUUUUCAUACUGAAAGCCACGUUAGAGUUGUCCUUGUGCCUUAAAAUCUCCUUUUUACCUGGAGCACUGUUUUCUAAUCCAGCGUACGUUUUGUAAUGUAACUGUUCAGGGACACGUUUGCAUUCAGUUAUGUUCUGCUGGAGAUUGAUAAAUAAAUGUAUUUAUUUAGAAAACCAUGUGUAUUUAGAAACUGUGUAUAUGUAUCCGAACAGGAACUCACAAAAGGUUAUUCUGGAUGCAGCGCAUACAGUACCUGAUCUGUGAGAUGAUGUAAAAUAAACUUUUUGAAUGUUUGCAAAA